AUGUUUCAACUUUCUACAAUAACGGAUUUGAUACGAAUUCCGCCACAUUUGUUUAAUCUUUCAAGAGAAGUAGCAGUGAAACAAGAGCUUAAUGUCAAACAUGCAAAUAAAAUUAUACCUAAACUAGGACUUGUUAUAUCUGUUUAUGAUCUAGUUGAAUUCGAUACGGGUCUUUUUAGACCCGGCGAUGGUGCAAUGUACGUUACUGUGACGUGUAGGCUGGUCAUCUUCAAACCAUUUGUGGGUGAAGUGUUGACAGGUUGGAUCGAAAAAUGUACGAGUGAAGGAAUCAAGGUAAACAUUGGAUUCUUCAAUGAUAUUUUUGUUCCUAAGGCGCUGAUGUUUGAAAAUAGUUUUUACUCACCAGAUGAAAAUGCAUGGAUCUGGAAAAUGGAUGAUGAAAAUACUCUUUAUUUGGACGUCAAUGAAAAAAUCAACUUUAGAAUCGAAGAAGAAAUAUUUACUAAUGUUAAACCAAAAGGCCCAACAUCGCAAGCAGCCUCGCAAAACCAAAAUGGUAAUGAUAAGGAGCAGACCCCACCAUAUGCUAUUAUAGCAUCAUGUCAAACGGAUGGCAUGGGUUGUUGUAGUUGGUGGGAAUGA